UGAGGGGCAGGCGGACCGCGGGGGCUGCUGGGCUGCGCGGCGCCGACUCGCGGUCUCUGGAGCGGCGGAGCGGGGCCCGAGCGCGCAGCUGGUGAAAAUGGCUGAAAAUGGAAAUGGUGAAAAUAUGUCUAUCUUGGAAAGCAAAAUCUGUCAGCAAAUUGAGUACUAUUUUGGCAAUCACAAUCUACCAAGAGACAAGUUUCUAAAGGAACAGAUCAAACUAGAUGAUGGCUGGGUACCUUUAGAAGUAAUGAUCAAAUUCAACAGGUUAAGUCGCCUUUCAAAAGAUUUUGGUGUUAUUGUAGAAGCACUGAGAAAAUCCAAGACUGGUUUAAUGGAAAUAAAUGAAGACAAAACUAAAAUCAGAAGAUCUCCAAAUAAACCUCUUCCUGAAUUAAAUGACCAGUAUAAGGCUGCAAUUAAAAACAGAUCUGUAUACGUUAAAGGCUUUCCACUAGACGCUACUCUUGAUGAUAUCAAAGAAUGGCUUGAGGAUAAAGGUCCCGUUGAAAAUAUUCAAAUGAGGAGAACAUUGCAGAGAACGUUUAAGGGCUCAAUAUUUGCAGUGUUUGAUAGUGUUGAAUCUGCUAAGAAGUUCACAGAGAUACCAAAUCAAAAGUACAAAGACACAGAGCUGAUAGUACUUUUCAAGGAGGAGUAUUGUACAAAGAAGAAUGAAGAAAGGAAACAAAACAAAGUAGAAGCGAAAGCAAGAGCUAAACAGGAAAAAGAAGAAAAGCAGAAACAAGCAGCAGAUGCUGAAAUGAAAUCUCUGGAAGAAAAGACAGGAUGUCUUUUGAAGUUUUCUGGUGAUCUAGAUGACCAAACGUGCAGAGAAGACCUCCAUGAAGUAUUUUCUGGUCACGGAGAAAUCAAGUGGAUACACUUUGUCAGAGGUGCAAAGGAGGGAAUUAUCCUAUUUAAGGAUAUUGCCAAAGAAGCUCUGGAGAAAGCCAAAGCAGCACAUAAUGGAAACUUGCAGCUCCGGAACAAGGAUGUUUCAUGGGAACUGCUGGAAGGAGAUGCAGAAAAAGAAGCUCUGAAAAAAAUCCUGGAAGAUCAGCAGGAAUUGCUGAAACAGAAAACAAAAGGGCGCAAAACUAAAGGAAAAGGAAGAGGGGGAAAGAUACCUCAGGGUGCACAAAAAGGAAAAAUACAGUUUCAGGGCAAGAAAAUAAAGUUUGAGAAUGAUGAAGAAGAUGGUGAAAAUGAUACUAAAACAGAACCAGCAAGUCCCAAGAAGAGACCACUAGAGGAAACAGAAAAGGAAGAACCUGCACCAAAACAACUGAAAACAGAAAAUGGAGAUGGCAAUCAGUAAUAGUCAAAUAAAAGAAUUUAAAAAAUUAGUGGGUUUAUUGUUCCAUUUUCAAUAGGUUUUAAAUACAUGCCUCAGUUCAGGACUUUUUUGGCAGAAAAUCUUAUGAAAUCCACUUCAAUGUCAACCUACAAUUAGAGAAAAGUUUUAUUUUAUUGGGUUACAGCUUUUUUUUUUUUUGUUUAAGAAGCAUGCUUACUGCUAACAUAAAACCCUGGACAACUUUUCUAUUUAUAGUUUUGUUUAUACUGUCAAAUCUUCUCAGUUUUUCUGGCAUCUCAUUCAAAUGUAAAAGGUUUUGGACUUUGUAAUCUUGUGGUUAUGUUUAAUAGCAGCUGGCAAUAAAUUCAGAACUUAAAACUGC